AUGAACUUCAAGCACAAUAACGCCGUAGUAUCUGCAGACGGGGUACCACGGUUGCUCGUUCUGUUGCUGCUGCUCGCAGGCACAGUGACAGCUGCUCUCCCGGGACAGUUCACCUUCAGCUGCCAUCGGCAUGGGCGCGAGUGCAAGCUGUGGAACCUUUACUUGGACACACCGGACGAGGUGUCCGAGGCGCUGAUUAACACCGGUGGCGAUGGUAGCGGUUCGUUCGUCGAGGUUGAGAUAGCGUACUCGUCGUUGCCGAUCAUCCCGCAGUCACUGUUCAGCGACAAUGAAAAUGUAGUCUCACUCAAGAUGGAGGAUUGUGAUGUGGAGCUGCUCGAGGCGAGCACCUUCGAUGAUGCGCACGAGCUGAAGUAUUUGCAGCUUCAGAAGAACCAUCUGACGGCGCUGAAGGAUGAUGCGUUCGUACGUGCGUCGAAACUGCUCCGGAUCAACCUUGGUGCCAACCGGAUCGUUACGGUCGGCGAGUUCGCUUUCCGCGGGUUGGAUAAUUUGGAAACGUUACGGCUGUCCAGGAACAAGAUCGCUCAGUUUGCGAGUAAAACGUUCGCCGGGUUGCACCAGCUGACGGAGCUCAAUCUCGAUCACAACCAUGCAGAGGAGCUACCGGAUCGAUUGUUUGAAGAGUUAGGGCAGCUGAGAGAGCUGCAUCUAGAUCACAACUACCUUUCCGGGCUGACGAGAAACACGUUCCUCGGUUUGACGGGUCUGCGGAAGUUAAUACUGAAGGAAAACGAAUUGGUUUCGAUAGACCCACAAGCUUUUGCACCACUUUCCGCACUGACCGAGCUAGAUCUGGAAGGAAACAAUCUGAAACUCCUUUCACCGAAUACGUUCGUACCGUUGGGGCAUCUACGCGAACUCGUCCUUGCGGACAACUACAUCGAGCGGCUAGAUGACGGGAUCUUUGGGGGCAAUGUGAACCUGGAGAUACUGAAGCUAAACAACAAUUCCAUCGAGGAGCUGCAGCCUGCCGUAUUGGCUAGCUUGAAAAAUUUGGAAGAUUUGUCACUGCAGCAUAACGAAAUCCGGGUGCUCGAUAAACACCUGCUUAAGAGUGCCACCAGUUUAAGAGUGCUCCAAUUGGAGGGAAACGUUAUUCAUAAGAUCAUCCCGGGCACGUUUGAUACUCUGAAACGGUUAGAGACGUUGGACCUCGAGGAUAACAGUUUGUCAUCGAUUGAGGGCGGUCUUUUUAGUGGUUUAUCUUCUCUUGAAAAGCUGUUCAUAAAUGAAAACCAGAUUGAGGAACUGAAAGCAGGCACAUUGAAGGGCUUGGAGCGGCUGAGAAAGCUGGAGCUAGAGCAAAACAUUAUUAGACGAAUUGACGAGCGCUUUCUGGACGAUACGACUCAGCUGCGUACACUGUCGCUGGAAGAGAACCUUAUCGAUGAGGUGCCGGUCAAGUUGUUCGCAAAUCAAAAAAGUCUGAAGGAGAUUUCGCUAGAAAACAACAACAUUCAGCAGCUACCGGACGGGGUGUUUGCGGCCAUCUCCACCUGUCUGGAGGAGCUUUAUCUUGCCGAUAAUGAUCUGUCGGAGUUGUCGCCAGCCGUUCUGGAUCUUCCCCGCUUGGAGCUGCUCGAUGUUUCCGAUAAUAAGUUCCGCGAUCUUCCGGACGACAUGUUCAGCAAGGCGAAACAAUUGCACGAACUGUACGCGGAUGGUAACAUGAUCGACGACAUACCGGAUGCUCUGAGAUCGUUGCUACGAUUGUCGACACUUUCACUCACACGUAACCGUUUGCACGAUAUCGAUCCGCAGAGCUGGAGCAUGAUGCAGCGGUUGAAGGAGUUGUAUCUGUCGGAAAACUUCAUCCAAGUGCUCAAUCCACAAACUUUCGAGCGAUUGGAAUCGCUGAAGGAAUUGCAUCUCGACCGUAACCAUCUGCAUACAAUUCCCCCCAGCACGUUCGCACGCAAUGGUAAUUUGGAGAAGUUGAACCUAUCCAGCAACCAUUUGGAGGGACCCCUGGUGAACAGUUUUGCUGGGUUAUGGAAACUGAAAGAUCUUCAGCUAGCGGACAACCCACUCGUCACGAUGGAGGCAAAUAGCUUCCGAGAUCUGCGGAAGGUGGAGAAACUCUCGCUUGAGAACGUGAGUUUGGCCGAUGUAGGUGGUAGCCCAUUCUACGGUAUGUCAUCAUUGGAAAGGCUGGACCUCGACGAGAACCGUGUGCAGCGUCUCGAGGGAUCAUCGCUGAGAGGGUUGGAGAUGCUGGAAAAGUUGUACAUCAAUCACAACCCCGUGUCACGCAUCGAUACGAACACGUUCAAACAUUUGGGCAAUCUGAAGGUCAUCUCGAUCGGACCCGGUGCGAUCGAUUUCACGGAAGAUUUGCUGCAGAACAACCAGCGGCUGAAGGAGCUGUAUCUGUUCGAUUGUGUUGCCAGCCCACUUCCUGGGCGAUUUUUCCAUUUCAACAAGAAACUGCAAACUCUUGCGAUCGUCAAUAAUAGCAAAUUGGGUGCGUUGAACAAGCAGUGGUUUAAGGAUCUAUCCAACCUGCAAACACUUGUGCUCAUUCGUAAUGGUUUGACGCAGUUUGAGAAGGGUAUUUUCGAUUCGCUGGACGGUUUGGACGAGCUGUACCUGUCGGGAAAUCCGGUCGGAGAGUUGGAUCGGGACGUGUUUGCGAAGGUCGUUGGGUUGGAGGUGCUAGACCUGUCAAGCAUGAAGCUGCGUACCCUUCCGAUGGGAAUAUUCGACAAUCUUUACGAUCUGGAAAACUUGGAUUUGGGCGAGAAUCAGCUGGCAAACGGAUUAACGAACGGUGUGUUUAGAAACCUAUACUCACUGAAAACACUUUCGUUGGAUAACAAUCAUCUGAAAACGCUAGAUACGGUAUUGUUUGAUGAUUUGAAAAAUCUGCGCACAAUUGAUUUGAGCGGCAACGAGCUGAGCAGUCUCGAUCCCCAGCUAUUCCACGAUUCACUCGAUCUAGAAUUGCUAGAUCUCUCAUCGAACAAGUUCGCCACAUUCGAUCUUCAACAAACGACGUUUUCUAAGACGCUGGUCGAGCUCGACAUGGACGACAAUCAACUGGUCUCGAUCCGCGUGACAGAAGAUCUGGAGGAACUGUAUGUGGAAAACAAUCAACUCACGGCGAUCGAGGUAGACAACUCUCCGUCGUACAAUCUGCGUAGCCUUUCUAUUGCGAACAACAAGUUCACCGAAUUGGACUCUCUGUAUCGGUUCAACAAUCUCGAGGAGCUGGACGUAUCGUACAAUGGUGAGCUUCGCGUAUUGGAGUUGGGCAGAAUAUCGAAAGCAAUGUCGGUAUUGGAGGUAUUGAACGUAUCUCAUUGCGUCAUCGACGAAUUGGAUCUGGCGGAGAUUGAAGUACACGCAUUCCUGGAGCUGUUGGACGUAUCGGGCAAUAAGCUGAACAGUUUGGAGAUGGAUGCUUACCGAUACUUCCCCGCCGUGGAGAGCUUCAUAUUUGGAGGUAAUGCGUUCGAGAGGUUCUCCAUCGAGGAGGUGUUGAGCAGUUUUAAGGAUUUGGAACUAAUAGGACUGGAUGGUACUGUAUGGGAUCCUGCUUUUCUGGAUGAGCUUGAGAGCUACAUUGCGGACAGGGAUGUCAGAUUUUGGCAUCAUGGAACUACAGAGAGCCCAACGUGUACCAUUGGUCGCGUUAAUCAGCUGUUUUGUUGAUAACCGUGUGGGAAAAAUGAGGACACGAAGAGGAUCGUUAUGCGAAGAACGAACUGAAUAAGAAGCUUUUGUGUUUCGAGAUUAUGUUGAAUAAAUGUCAGUCGGUUUGAAA